AUUGAGGUGAAUUAUCAUUGCUCAAUUGCUAGCGCUCGUAUGAUAAAAUCAGCUGAUUUUUGUUUGUCAAACUUGUCCUCGCUUUAUGUGUGUGUGCAUGUGUUAUGUGUGUGUAGUGGGGUAUGAGAAUCGCCAAAGCGACGUUUAUUGCACUCUGUUGAUGAGAAAACAUAUCAAGUAGUAAAAGCCGCGAAUAUUGUAAACUUCGUUUGUGUUUUACUUUUUCUUUAUAUUUUACAGUAAUUGCUAACUCAGCGACAUAGUUUCCUAGCAAAUAAAUGAAAACCAAUUAAUUAUUAACCUUUUUCUUAUUCGUGAAAAUGUAUUGCGAAACUGUGUAACAUCAUAAGCGCAGUUAUUUGAUCGGUUUAUUCGACGCUAGCGGAUUUUUGUUGCUUCAAGUGUGUGUUGUGUUUUGUGUUGCUCCCUCAAAUUGGGAGAGCGUAAUAAUCCAAUUGGAAAAUGAAUGAAAAGUUGUAAUAAGCACUUCAAUUUAAUUCAUUUGCAACAAAUUAGAAAAUUUAUGAUUAGGCGUGCGUAUAGGCCCCCUGCAUCAGCGACUGUGGAUUCGAAAAGUACGCGUGUGCGAAAGUCGUGUGUGCGCUUGUGGGUGGUGCGGCAUGACAAAUCUAUGAAUGUCCAUACAUAAGAAUAUAGUUGUUGUAUUAGCAGAUAGCCGCUAAUCGGCUAAUCGGUGAAGGGCCGAAAUAUUUGUUUACAUGCCUGCUGCCAGUUGAAUACUAGCGGAUAUUGAUAACGUGCAAACAUAUGAUUUUGUGUUAGUGUAUACCUAGGGUUCAUUAAUUUUUGUUUAUAUUUUGAUGCCUUUGAGUCCUUGGCGGCGCGUGACAUUGGCAUCGCCCUUGUCCUAUACGAUUCUAAUUUGAUUAGUGCGAUUCAAUUUACCUCUGUUUUUAUUCAUAUUUGGUUUUUGCAAACGCGAUUUUCAUUUACGCUAUUAUCAGUUUUGUUCGUUUGUUUUACUGCUAUGAAAUUUCACUACUCGAUGUUUUCAACAACCAACACGAAAAAUAAGUUACCCAGUGACUCAAUUGCGCCCACAUUGGGUUGCCUUUUAAAUGGCCCUUUCCGUGAUCUGCAUUUUACCGGCACAGACCAUCGAGUUACACCCCUACACGAUAUAGUCUUCCUCGAUGAAGGCGACCCGGCAAUAACGCCGCUGAAUUACCGUCCGAUAGCAACAUCACCGACGGCAACAUCGUCCGAUGCAACAAAUGGAUUUAACGGAACCAACGGUUUGGAUACCAGCAGUAAUGGGUAUAUGUAUUCCUUACCAUUUAGCCAUUGCAUCAGAAAUGGGCAUUCAAUUGGAUUUUGGGCACAACGAAAUUUUUAACUCGAGAUAAGCGGUUUUGUUGAAAAUCUACCGAUAUUUAUGCAAAUAUUUUCACGCCUUCGGUGUCAAGAAGUCGUUUUGCAGCUUGAAAAGAAGUUAUUAAUUAGUACGAGUUUACGCACUGGAUUUGUUUUUGAUUGUUAGGGAAUAAUCGCCGUGCAGUCAUUAGCAGCGUGUUGCUUGAAGUAGCAACAGUGCUAUCGCCAU